CACUGAAUGAUAAAGCCGCUGCACCGGGAACCGGAGGCAGGACCGACCCAGUAAGAACCGAGGCAGCACCAACACUUCCACGGUAUUUUAGUCAAGCAUUUUUUUUUCUUCUUGUUGUCAGUAAGUGUCGAGCAUCUUAAAUUCUAUUUCGGUGGAGUUUCCAGAGCAAAGGAGGAGGUGCUGGGUGAAGUUAAGCUGCUCCUGACGCCAUAAAGUGGGAAAAGUGGGCUUCAAACAAAGUGGACUUUUUAAAAAAAUAUUUUUUCUUUCCCCAACUUGGAGACUCACAUUCAACUCCUAAAUAAAGAGGAGCAGAGGAAGCCGAGCAGCCGGCGUCGUGGAAAGUAGAAGCGCAGGGAGAGCGGAGGAGUGAAACCGAGAAGGUCCAAACACCAGCCCAGCCACCUGGAAGCCGUCAUGGGGAAACAGAACAGCAAGCUCCGGCCCGAGGUCCUGAACGACCUGAGGGAGAACACAGAGUUCACCGACCACGAGCUGCAGGAGUGGUACCGCGGCUUCCUGAAGGACUGCCCCACCGGCCACCUGACCGUGGAGGAGUUCAAGAAGAUCUACGCCAACUUCUUCCCCUACGGAGACGCCUCCAAGUUCGCCGAGCACGUCUUUCGCACGUUCGACACCAACGGCGACGCCACCAUCGACUUCAGGGAGUUCAUCAUCGCCCUGAGCGUGACGUCUCGCGGCGGGCUGGAGCAGAAGCUGCGCUGGGCCUUCAGCAUGUACGACCUGGACGGGAACGGGUAUAUCAGCCGGGCGGAGAUGCUGGAGAUAGUUCAGGCAAUUUACAAGAUGGUGUCAUCAGUGAUGAAGAUGCCUGAGGAUGAAUCGACACCGGAGAAGAGGACGGAUAAGAUCUUCAGGCAAAUGGACAUCGACAACGAUGGUAGACUGUCUCUGGAGGAGUUUAUUAAAGGUGCCAAGAGCGACCCGUCCAUCGUCAGACUGCUGCAGUCGGAUCAGGGAGCCUCUCGUCAGUUCUGAGGACACAUUGGACAAUGACAGACACACACUCUGCAACACAUGCACGCCCACAUGCGUCCAGCUUUUUGCCGUUUCUCUGAUAGAGGCUUGGUCGUCGUCACCCCGUCUCAUUCAUACACUCCAUGUCCUGUUGUUUACAUCGUCGUCGCUGUGGCUCCGUCUCGCUGGACUACAAAGUGCUUCUCAGUUACGCUGUCCCGUGUUUGUGCUUCUCCAAAGCUCUCUUUGCCUUGACAUGGUUUCUACCCGUCCUGCUCCCUCAGUGAAGUGCCAUAUUAUAUUUAUACUGACUGGAUUGUACGCUUCUAAGUAUUAUGACGGCCCGUUAUGUUACACCAAGAGGAAACUAAUUAAAUCACUUAGUAUGAUUUGAUUCAACUCAACUGUUGAAUUGUGGCUUAUUGUUGUUGUUGUUGUUGUUCAGGACAUCAGCAGCAGCUCAGACGGCACACGCUGGUGUUCUGAGCAGGCUCUAUAUGCAUUCGGUAUUGCAUGCGCUCAGUGAUUUUCUGAUAUCGUGACGGUUUAUGUGAAUAAGAAGCCCGUGAUUGUUUUUAUUCCUUUUUAUUUUUGUAACAAAAAUGUCAUUUUGUUUUCACACAUUUGAAAUAAAGUCGUGUAAGAAAAAUCUA